AGAAUUUAUUGUUUGUCCAUCAUAUGCAUCGUUUACUUGCAACUAUUUUAAUUUGCCAUCUUUUAUAAUUUAUAGCAAAUUAAGUAACUUUUACAUCGAUCUCUAAUAUUGCCUCAUGUUGUAUAUAUAAAGGAAUGGCUUCAAACCCAAUCACAAAAUAAAUUCCAUUCAUUCUUUUAUUUCUCCCUUCAAUCAUCAAAAGUAAUGACUGCUCUCACCUCAAAUCUAAGCCUUAAUACACAAUAUGGCACUAAAGACUAUCAACAACAACAUGGUUCUUCUUCUUCUUCUUCUUACGUGGUUGAAGAAAUCAAAGGUCUAAUUAAAGUUCACAAAGAUGGAUAUGUAGAACGACCCAAUAUUGUUCCAUUUGUCACUUGUGAUUUAAAUCCAAAUCUUAACAUUAUUUCCAGAGACAUAAUCAUUGACAAUGUUACAAACAUUUGGGCACGUUUCUAUGUUCCAAUUUCCCAAAAAAAACUACCUUUGUUGAUUUAUUUUCAUGGUGGUGGCUUUUGUGUUGGUUCUGCAGCUUGGAGUUGCUACCAUGAUUUCCUAGCUAAGUUAUCUUCCAAAGUUGAGUGCUUAAUUAUGUCAGUUAACUAUAGAUUAGCACCAGAAAAUCCUCUUCCAGCACCUUAUGAUGACGGAUUAAAAGCAUUAACAUGGUUGAAACAAAAAUUGUUGUAUCAAAAUGAAGCUAAUGAUGAAUGUGAAUGGUGGAUUAAAAAUUGCAACUUUUCUAGUGUUUUCUUAGGUGGUGAUAGUGCAGGUGGUAACAUAGCUUAUAAUGUUGCCAAAAGGGUAUUUUCAUGUGAAAGUGUUAUUUUAAAGCCUUUAAAGUUAAAGGGUCUAAUUUUGAUUCAACCAUUUUUUGGUGGUGAAGUAAGAACAAUAUCAGAGAAAUGCAUGGUUCAAUUAUCUGGUUCUGCUUUGAAUUUAGAAGCAUACGAUACUUAUUGGCGUUUGGCAUUACCUUAUGGUGAAGAUAGGGACCAUCCAUGGUGUAAUCCAUUGAUGAAAUUGGAGGAAUUGAAGGUGUUGAUGAUGCCUUGUUUGGUUUGUAUUUCAGAAAUGGAUAUAUUGAAAGAUAGGAAUUUGGAGUUUUGUGAUGCUUUGAGAAGAGAAGGUAAAAGGGUUGAAUGUGAAGUGUUUAAAGAUGUUGGACAUGCUUUUCAGAUUCUGAGUAAAUCUAAGGUUUCUAACAUAAGAGCUAUUCAAAUGAUGGCUCGUGUCAAAUCCUUCAUUAGUAUUUGAUUCUCUGUUUUUUCAAAUGAUUCUCUGUAUAUGAUUGAAAUUUGAGAUUUGGACUAUAUAUUAAUUUCAUCCUAAACAUUUGUUGAA